UCCCCCACCAGCAGAUGUCAGAAGCGAGCUACGUGUCGUGUUAUCUAACAGGAAAAUCGACCAGAAGAAGAUGAGCAGCAGCUCUGCUACAGCCCUUUCAGCAUCAACAGCAGAUGGACGCGAUAAGACCCCUUUUACCUAUUUUUAUGCAUUUUUCUUUCAGUAUUCAACAUUUCUGGCAUCCGAAAACGUCGAUUUUUCAUUUAGCAAAGGAGCUUAGCGGGUACGAAGCGUUAGCAAGCCUGAUUUAUAUGUCUGUGGGCGUGUCGGUUUGUUUUUCUACAUAACUGCGUCGUCAUUUAUUCCGUAGUGUUUUUUUUCCUUACCCUGCAGUUAAAGUUUCCUCCAAAAUCUGCUUUUCAAGUAGCACAUUCCUAUUAAAAAGGCUGUGAGAUAUAAUUUAGAGAAAAAUGGACACGAGAGCUUGGAAGAACCCUUACGCCGACUUCGACGGGAGCCCCGCAUGCGCACAGGCCUUCUUCGACCCCCAUGGAAAGAUCUCAGGAGGGUUUGCACAGCGGUUGAGCAGUAAGGUCAGCGAGCUUCUGGCUGUCAUGGAGAACGGGCUGAGGAGUGCUGACCCGAGAGACUGCUCUGUUUACACUGGCUGGGCAGGCAUCGCUCUGCUCUACCUUCACCUCCAUGACAUCUUUAAAGAAGAAUCCUUCCUCCACAAAGCGCUGGACUACGUCAGCCACAGCCUCAAGUGUCUGACGCAGCGCCGGGAUGUCACCUUCCUGUGUGGUGAUGCCGGCCCCCUGGCUGUGGCUGCAGUGGUCUACAGCCGCCUGCACAGGGUGCAGGAAGCCAACGACUGCAUUAGCCGGCUCACGCAGUAUCAUAAGGCGGUGGUGGACGGCUCCGGCGCCCUGCCGGACGAGCUGCUGUACGGGCGGGUGGGUUACCUCUACUCGCUCGUGUUUGUCAACCAGCAGCUCGGGGGAGAUGUAAUCCCGGUGCAGUUCCUCCAGCAGAUCAGCGAGAUCAUCCUGGCAUCGGGUGAUAACCUAAGCAGGAAGUUCCGGGUUCAGAACCAGAGCCCCCUGAUGUUUGAGUGGUACCAGGAGCAGUACGUCGGAGCUGCACACGGCCUCUCCGGCAUCUAUUACUUCCUCAUGCAGCCCGGCUUCGUGUCCGCCGCGGAGCACGUCCACCGUCUGGUGAAGCCCAGCGUGGACCACGUCUGCCGCCUCAAGUUCCCCUCGGGGAACUACCCCCCCUGCAUCGGGGACGAGCGAGACCUGCUGGUGCACUGGUGCCACGGCUCGCCGGGAGUCGUCUACAUGCUGCUGCAGGCGCACAAGGUGUUCGGGGUCCCUCAGUACCUGGAGGACGCCCUGCAGUGUGGGGAGGUGGUGUGGAAAUGGGGCCUGCUGAAGAAGGGCUACGGGUUGUGUCACGGCGCCGCGGGCAACGCCUACACCUUCCUCGCCCUCUACCGCCACACGCAGGACCCCAAACACCUGUAUAGAGCCUGCGCGUUUGCUGACUGGUGCAUGAACUACGGCAGGCACGGAUGUCGAACGCCAGACACGCCCUUUUCUCUUUUUGAAGGAAUGGCCGGCACCAUCUACUUCCUGGCUGACCUCUUGCAGCCUUUCAAAGCCAAGUUCCCGGCGUUUGAGGUGUAAACCAGGAAAAAAAGCUGCUUUUCUGCCACACAAGAAAACUGUUGUAUUGCAAAAAAUAAAAAAAAAGCUCCAACAAGUUUCACCGUUUAAGCAGUAAAGCUAUAAAGUUGCUUGUUCUAUGAAGUAGUAAGCAACUAUAAAGCCUCAGGGGGGCAGCAAAGAGCUGUCGCAGUGAACUAUCUCCAGCAAAGGUAAAAAUCAGAUGUUUUUUUUUUUUUUUUUAUAUAUUUUGGGUUAAAUUAUGUCAGAAACCAGUAAAUAAAAAGUAAAACCAUAUUUUCUAGGCUAAUAUUUGCCUGUUAGCUUAACUCGUCCAGUCUGCUCCAACACGAGGCUGACGAAACCCAUCGAAGGAACCGACACAAUGCCCGGGCAAAACCGGCCGGGGUCUUCAGGAGGAUCCUUACUGUACCAGAGAAGAAACCGGACACCCCCCUGCAGGAAAACGAGUAAAAAUAGAGCUCAUCUGUCCAGGGGAGCGGCCCCUCGGACACCAGCGCCACGUAUGCUCGCACUAAUGUCUGACAGCGCUUUUCCCGCGGCGUCAAACAGAAGUUUCUGAACUGAUGACAUGCUAGUUACUGUGAACAAGCCGUUCCUAAUUCCUAAUAAAAAUAUUUUGGUGAAGAAAAUAUGUGAAUAGUUCUAAAAAGCUGAAAAAUGUUUUUAUCAAAUAUUUAGUUUUAGGUCAGUAGUGGGCUUUAAGAGAAGCUGAAACAUUGAGCGUUACAAACUAAAAGUGUAACUACAGUAAAACACUGGAUCCAAUUUCAGAUUCUGAUUAGUUAUUUAAAGAGUGCUGAAGAAAGUGCUUCACUCUUGUCUUUGAAAUUAUUUAGAUUACACGAAGGCUUCAAAUCUGUUAUUUUUGUCCAUUAAAUAAAUAAAACUAUCACUCUGGAAUUGCCACAUGAUUCUGUUUUGUCAAAAUGUAUUCCAAAUAUUAUUUUCAAAGACAUUCCAAGUUGAGAAAUAUGGCAUUCAAAACUGAAUUAAGAAAAAAUGGAGGUCUAAAAUUAAAUUUUUUUUAAGAAGUUAUUUUUUUUGCAAAUAAAUGCAUGAUUUUGCUUAAAUAUAGUUACAAAAACGGUCAAAUGUUCUCAGUCUAAUGCCAAUUUUAGAAGCUGCUUCUCGAAUUCUGUGUAGCAACUGUGAUGUAAACAUGUUCACGCUCUGAAAGCAGAAUUUAUGUCAAUAAAAAAAAAAAUACCUGUUUAAACAAA